AUGGCCAAGGUCCUCGUUGUCUUCGGUGCCACUGGCAAUCAGGGCGGCUCUAUUAUUGAUUCUGUUAUCAACGACCCUGUCCUUGCCAAUGAGUAUCGAGUCCGAGCUGUUACCCGAAACACCUCUAGUCCCGCGGCGCUGGCUCUUAAACAAACGGGCAAAGUUGAUGUUGUUGAGGGUGAUGCGGAAGACACUUCAUCCUUGAAGCGAGUUCUUCAGGGUGCCCACACUAUCUACUCUCUCACAACUACUAUCUACGACGAGCGGCUAGAGGAACGUGAAUUGUCUCAAGGCAAGGCAAUCGCUGAUGCGGCUGUCGCUACUGGAGCACAGUUCCUCAUUUUCAGCACCCUCUGCCAUAUCACUCGUGUCUCCAGCGGGAAAUAUGACAAAGGCCGUCAUUUCGACUGCAAAGCCGAAGUUGAGGACUACAUCAGAACAUUACCCAUCAAAAGCGCAUUCUUCGCACCGGGCUCUUUCAUGCAAAAUUUCAGCACGAACAUGAAGCCGUACCCUGUUGGUGAUGGGACCUAUGCGCUGGCCAAUAUCAUUUCCCCCAAUGCCAAGCUGCCGCUCAUCAAUAUCGAGGACACUGGUAAAUAUGUGGCCGCCAUCCUCGCCAACCCCGACGAGUUUGAAGACAAGGUCCUUGCUGCUGCUACUCGGCUUUACACGAUGCAGGAAAUUGUAGAGAUCAUGAGUCAAAGCUUAGGAAAGAAGGUCGUUUACAAUCAACUUCCGGAGGCAGUGUUCCGCAACUUUUUGCCGCCCAACAUGGCCGACUAUUUGGUUCACAUGUUGCUGUAUAUCCAAGACUUUGGAUAUUAUGGCUCGGAAACCGACGACUUGGUGACAUGGACCGCGGCCAACGCCAGAGGCAAAUUGACCACCCUGGAGGAGUACUUUAAAACACACCCACUGAAUCUGGACUGA